AGGAUCCGUUGCUGUUACAACCCCUGUGCCCCAGAACCCACAUGAAUCCAUGAAAGAAACCUCGAAGGACGAAGAUUCAUGGGACCAACGGGACAACAUGAAGAGCUCUCAUCACCCUUAUUACUCUCUCCCGAGGCUCAUCACCUUCUUCUUCGCCUUCUUCUCUGUCUCUUACUUCCUCUACUCCCUCCAAUUCCUCUACUCUCCUCACUCCUCCUCCUCCUCCUGUGAUACUUCUCCUAUUCAUGAUUCCGCCCGCCAAGCACAAGCUCUCCCUCCGCCGCCAACCCAAACGACCCUCCACCACAUCGUCUUUGGCAUAGCCUCCUCGGCUAAGCUAUGGCACCAUCGCAAGAACUACCUCAAGGUCUGGUGGCGACCGGACCGGAUGCGCGGCGUCGUGUGGCUCGACAAGCCUCCGCCGCCACCGCCUCAGCGCGAUGUCGCGGAUGGCCAGGACGACUUGGCCCUCUUGCCGCCCGUGAAGAUCUCGAGCAACACGUCGGGGUUCAAGUACAAGAACCCCAAGGGCGACCGCUCCGCCGUGCGCAUCUCCAGGAUAGUCUCCGAGACGUUCCGGCAGCUGGACGGCAGAGAGAUGAGGUGGCUCGUGAUGGGGGAUGACGACACCGUGUUCGUAGCGGAGAACCUGGUGAGGGUGCUAUCCAAAUACGACCAUAAUCAGUAUUACUACAUCGGGAGCUGGUCGGAGAGCCACCUGCAGAACAUAUACUUCUCGUACAACAUGGGGUACGGUGGCGGCGGGUUCGCCAUCAGCUACGCGCUGGCGAGAGCGCUCGAGCGGAUGCAGGACCGGUGCCUCCAGCGGUACCCGGGCCUUUACGGGUCCGAUGACCGGGUUCAGGCUUGCAUGGCCGAGCUCGGCGUCCCUCUCACCCGAGAACCGGGAUUUCACCAGUUUGACGUGUACGGGAACGUAUUUGGGCUCCUAGCUGCUCACCCAAUCACGCCGCUGAUCUCGCUCCACCACUUAGACGUGGUCGAGCCCAUUUUCCCCAAAACGACCCAAUUCCAAGCCCUGCAAAGGCUACGGGCCCCGCUCGAACUGGACUCCGCUUCGCUCAUGCAGCAGUCCAUUUGCUACGACCGGAUCCGGAGCUGGACCGUGUCCGUCUCCUGGGGCUACGCGGUCCAGAUAUACCGGGGCAUCCACCUGCCCCGGGACGUGGAGACGCCCUCGAGGACGUUCCUCCACUGGUACAAGAGAGCCGACCCCGCCGGGUUCGCCUUCAACACCCGCCCCCUGACCAAGAACCUUUGCGAGAAGCCUUUCGUCUACUUCCUCUCGGACGCGGCCCACAAUGCGAGCACGAACGCGACACUCAGCGAGUACGUCCUGCACGGGGUGCCAAGCCCAGACUGCGAGUGGAAGAUCGCCGACCCGUCGAGGAUUCGCCGGGUGGAGGUCCGCAAGAAGCCGGACCCUCAUUUAUGGGACAAGGCUCCCAGAAGAAAUUGCUGCGUGGUGUUGCCGACGAAGAAGAAGUUCGCCAUGGAAGUGAACGUAGGAGAAUGCAGAGAAGACGAGAUUGCGGAACUGAGGUGACGUAGCUGGGAGAAGAUGAAACAUUUUCGAGUCCUCCAAGCGCACCGGAUUGAAUCUGAUUACUCUUUAUAGCACGAACCUCGCUCGAUAUUACUGAUUGGAAUCGAAAAUUUGGUGCAUGCGGGUGGAUUCAUGGUGAGGCCGCAAACGUAAGAUGUCAACUUGAACAGCAUUGCCAUUUGAUUAUCCACAUUGACAUAGGAUUAAUUAUGCACUUCGGCAUUCAAUGUGACCGCUUGUGAUGAUGUCGGUCGGCAGGGACACAUUAGAUGGCUAAAUUCGUCCAAGUUGGUAUCCUCUCUCUUCAUCACUCAAUACAUAGUUGGA